AGUUUGUAGAAUAGAAGAUGAUUUGUGCAAGAUCAAAUUGUCGCUAGUAGGAAAUAUAGCGGAGGACAAUCAAGACCAAAUGUUUGUAAUGGAGCAAUACAAGACUAGUGAUACUUUCCAUAAUUUUUGUAAAAUGCUAGAAGAGGAUUCUGUGUUUCGAAAGUUAGUGAUAAAGUUCAUGAUUAUUAACUAUGGUCAAAAAUCAAUUGGGCCUUGUGUUAGAUAAAUAUUAAGAGCAUCUUUAUCAGAUAAUCUAAUGACUUUGUUUAAUUGUCCAGGGGCCAAGAAAAACUGCCUCUUGUAUUUGAACGGUGUAUUUACUCUACUAUCAAGUCUUUUUACGAGAAAGAAAAAAUUACAGUUAUGCGUGGGAAGGAAGAAUUAGAAACCACAAUAAAAAAAGAAACAGAAAAGCAAAUUGAACUAUAUUUUUCUAAUGCUAAAUGCAGAAUUAAAGCAAAACUUAAAGAUGAGCCUGUAUUUGAUAAAUCAGAUUCUGAUGACCAUAUAUUGUAUCAUAUUGAUUUGAAUAAAAAUGAGUUCCAAAAGCAGAAAGAGAGCACAAUUGACUCAGCAGUAUGCUCGUAGAAAGACUUAUAAAUUUGAACAGUUUAUAAAUAUCCCAUAUAUUGGUACUGAAGGUGAAAAAGUUGAGGCUUUUGAUAACAUAAAGAAAAUACCAUCUGUAAGCAAACUUUUGUAUCCCCAUUCCUAUGAACAAAGUUAUGUAAGCUCUAGUGUUUUAUCAGGAAGUGAUUUGUUACCGUCAAAGGAAGAGUUUCAUAAUGUUCAAGGUUUUGGCUGUUUUGACAUAGAUGACUCUAUUGCAUGGAAAUCAAUAAAUGCAGUAGAAAAGGCCGCAGACCUUUUUACUGAUAACUUAAGCAAUAACGAUGAAAGUAAUGACCUGACGUUUAAAGAAGAUCUAGCCCAAUGGGCUGUGCAAUGUUCGGUGCCUCUAGCAACAUUAACAUCAUUAUUAAAAGUUUUGCAUAAUCACUUUAGUGUAGAUCUGCCAACACAAGCUACAACGCUAUUAAAAACGCCUCGCAAGUUAGAUAUUAUUCAAAAGUCAGGUGGUGAUUAUACCUACUUUGGAAUAAAAGAUGGUAUUUUGAGAACUAUUUUUAAAAAAGAUCUAGAUUUUGUUGAGUUUGUAUUCAACAUUAAUGGCCUCCCUAUCCAUAAAAGUACAAAUGCUUGCCUCUGGCCAAUUCAAUGUCGUGUUGAUAAUGUGCGUGAAAACAGUCCAUUUGUUGUGGCGUUGUUUUGCGGUGUACAGAAGCCAACUAGUUUGGAAUUCUUAGAAGAGUUUACUUUAGAGUUAAAAUUCCUAAUGGCAAAUGGCAUUAAUGAUUAUAAUGGAAAAACCAUACAAGUAAAUACGAAAUAUUUUAUCUGCGAUGCGCCAGCAAAAGCUUUGAUUAAAGGCACUGCUCACUAUAAUGGUCGCUAUGGUUGUGAUUAUUGUAAUGUAAAAGGAACUUAUGAUGGUCGAAUGAUGUUUUUAUACACUGGUACUCAGCGCACUGAUCAGACAUUUAGAGAAAAAAUUCAGAAAAGUCAUCACAAGUAUAUCAGUGUCUUGGAAUCACUUGAAAUAGACAUGGUACAACAGUUCCCUCUUGACGUGAUGCAUUGUGUGGACCUAGGUUGUACUAAAAAACUACUGUUAACUUGGAAGGAAGGCCCGCUUCCUUUUCGAUUGUCAUCAGGGCAAAUUACUUUAUUAAGCACUUACUUAUUUUCUUUAAAAGAAUACAUUCAUAUAAAAUUUAAUCGUAAACCAAGAAGUUUGAAAGAUCUCAAGUUAUGGAAAGCCUCUGAAUUUAGAACUUUUCUUUUAUAUUGUGGACCAGUAGUUUUGAAAUAUAUACUCAGCAAAGAAAAAUACAACCACUUUCUUUGUUUAAGUGUAGCUAUUCGGAUCUUAUACAGCAAAGAUUUGAUGACUGAGUAUAAAGGUUAUGCUCAAGAGUUUCUUAGUAGCUUUGUGGACAACACCAGACUGCUCUACUCCGAUCAUCUAUUAACUUAUAAUUUUCAUUGUUUAAACCAUUAAACUUUAACAGCAGAGAGAUAUGGUUGUUUAGAUGGAGUGACAGCCUAUCCAUUUGAAAACAAUAUAUCAGCUAUAAAAAGAAUGAUACGGGGUCCUUCUAAAGUAGUAGCUCAGAUUGCUGGACGACUCACAGAAAUAAACAAUAACAGGUCAGCAGUCUGUAAAAAAAAGCUAAAUUUUAAUCCAAAGAUCAACGAAUGCUAUCGUCUGAAGAGCGGAAAUUUUUGUGUCAUUGACUCAAUAAAUAGUAAUGCUAAAAGUGUUCUUGGUCAAGUCUAUAUCAGAACAGAAAAUUUAUUCAGCUCUCCUUGUAAUUCUAAACUUGUUGGUAUUUACAAGGUUAACAACAAGCAUACAGAAAUGUUGUAUAUACCUUUUGAUGAUUUUGUAUCAAAGGCCAUAAGAAUACCGCUGUCUCUUUUUGAACCUGAUAAUCUAGCAGCAGCAGUUAUUUUAUCACUUGUGCACAGUUGAAAUGCUCUACAAGUUAACUAACCAUAUUUGGUAUUCGUUAGAUGCUAAAUGAGCUAUAAAGUGCUUUAAUGAUUUUAAAAAUGGAACAUUCAACAUUUGUAAAUUUAUUUGUAAUUAAAUUUUAAUGCCUCUUUGUAUUAUUUUGAUUUCAAUUUUUUUGAUAAGUCAAUAUUUAUGCUUUUACUCAUUUACCUUGAAUAAACUCAGUUACUUUA